AUGCUGGAGACAGCAACUCGAGGGAAGCCUGUGAUUGCCAUUCCGUUAUUCGCCGAUCAGAUGAAAAAUGCGAAGUUGAUGCGGAAAUAUGGCUUUGGAGUCAUAGUGGAGAAAACUGAGCUACUUGGCGGUAGAGGACUUCAUGAAGCUAUCGAUCGAGUAAUUAGUGACAAAAAGUAUCAAGACUCCGCUACAAGGAUCGGCCGCCUCUUAUCGCGACGUCCGUUUAGCCCUGAGGAGAAAUUGAUCAAAACUGUCGAACUUGCUGCAGAAUUUGGUGACUUACCUGAACUAAGGGUCGCCGGCAAGAAUCUAGGGUUUAUUGUUUACCAUAAUCUUGAUUUACUUUUGAUAGUAGCUCUUACACUUUUAUCACUGAUUAGCCUCGUAUUGUAUAUCGUAUUCCGGGUAGUUCGGCGCUGUCUCCCGUUGAAAAAACAAAAAACCCAGUAA